AAAUAGAAUGAAGCCAAAACAUUCCGACUGGCAGCCAUUAGACCUUGUUGACAAGGAAGCGAUUCAGCCAUUACGAUCAUAUAACAGUCGUGUAGCAUCGGGUGACAAUCGUUAUUACACACUGGACACAGAAGAACACGAUUUUUAUGACCGAGAACUUGAUAAUGAUAAUGCUGAUGAUGAUGAUAAUAUAGAAUUUUUAGGAAAAGAUCCAAUAGAACAAAAGGAAAGUUCGAGACAUCGUCGACAGAAUGACAAGUUGAAGAUUCUACUAGUGUUUGGUGUAAUACUGCUCACUUGCCUAGUGACUGUGAUCAUCUUUCAACAUUUUAGAACAAAGAGUAUAGACAAG